AUGUCGAACGCCUUCCGGGGCAUGCGCGACCAAGGCGAGGACGACCACGACGACUUGUGCGUGCGCGGCGCGAGAAACGUAAACUCGAACAAGAGCACCGACGAGCUGCUGGCCAUGCUGCAUGGUCAGGACGUCGGGAGCAGCGGCUCGCUUCUGUUCCACCCCGCUCGCGGGGCCGAGAUCGAUCGGGCGGACCUGGUGGUACGCUUCAACGACGCGCCGGUCGAGGGGUUCGAGCGUUUCGUCGGGAAUCGCACCGACGUCCGCCUGUACAACACGUACGCGAUCGGCAAGGGGCGGCGGGGCGCCGUGGACGAAGCAGAUCCCGACCGCGCCGACCCAUCCACGUGCUCCGCCUUCCUUGGGUUCCCCAAGGACAACGCGUGCUGCCCCCGCGAGUACAUGAUCCUGAACUCCGGGUUUGGCACGUAUGCGAGGCACGCGUGGAUGAGCGGCAGCCUCGGCAUGCUCGCGCUGUCCAAGUGGUGCGAGCGCGGCGUGACGAAUCUGUACGGAUUCACCUCGCCGGCUCGCGCUCGGACGCUACAGGCACCCGGUCUUGCGCCAGUGCGGCAAACCGUGCCCCAUCGCUGA